AUGAGUGUCCCGUUAGAUUCUUUAUUCUGUUGUUUUUGUUCCUCAUGUAAGCCAAGGUACAGGCGUCUCGUAGACGCCAUUUAUCCCAGAAAUCUUACCGAUGGCUUAGUUAGCUCGAACAUGCAGAAGUUGACUUAUUUUGCAAUAUCCCAUCCAGAGAAGCUGAAUAGAAUAGCUGUGUACUUAGUUGAACGUUUAUCUCGAGAUCUCUCCAGACAACGGAUAACUCAGGUGUCUGUAAGUCAAUCAUAAUUCUGAGGUAGAUCAUCUAGGUUGCCGUCGAUGCUAUGGAUCAAUUGCUAAAAAGUUGUCACAGCUCCCCGUCUCUUAAUCAGUUUAUUGAGAGUUAUUUGAAGAUGGUUCAGAAGCUGUUGGAAACCAAUGACCCGGAUAUGGAAGUAAUGCCGCAUUACUUUUCUUAUGUUUGCCGUUUAGAAACUAGCGACAAAUUUGUUUGUACGGUUUUCCACGAUUGAAGAGAAUUCUCCGUCUUAUCACCGUGAAUACGAUUUCUUUAUAUCCAAAUUCUCCGCCAUGUGUCAUGCAAGUCGAGGGGAUCGCUUAAAACAACAGCGGUAUAAUGGACUUAGAGGAUUGAGAGGUAAGUUUUUGCAGUUAGUUCCUUUUCGAAUCCUAAUGAUUGUUUAGGUGUCAUUUGGAAAUCUGUUGCCGAUGAAUUGCAAACAAGUAUAUGGGAGAAGCAACAUUUGACCAAAGUAAUUCCGUCGAUCCUGUUUAAUAUGCAAGAGUCGGAGGAUAAUAUUGAAGAAUGCGUCGAGCAAGUAGAGUAUCCUUAUCCAGACGAAGAGGCUGUAAAUGAAGAGCCACAUCUUCUGGCGUUGCAAUGUCUUCGGGAAUUAUUUGGAAAGUGCAACUUUAGCAUGAUGAAGUAUGUCGAUUUUUUGUAAUUUGUUUUUGUUGCGCAGAGUAUUUGCAUUUUUAGGACUGUUCUGGACCCAAUAUUGAAACAUUGUGAUCUUCAUCGUAAAUGGGAACCCCCAGCUCAAUUUGCAACUCAUGUUUUCAAGGCCAUUCUCUACAGUAUCCAAAGCUCAAAUUCCUUUGCAGUCCUUCAAGUAUGUUUUUUUAUGAUGUGUCUUUAUAUCCUAUUUUAUUUUUAGGAAUUGAUUUAUCAUCUGGAAAACACUCCAAAUUCGGAAGUCUAUGUUCGAAUAGGAAUUACAACAGUCCUCGAGAACAUCGUCACCAUUGCUGUUGCUACAAUUGGCCCUCUUUUAUUAUCCAUCUUCAAUUCUCUUCUUAAGCAGCUCAGAGCGUCAGUUGAAUAUGAAAACUCCGUGGAAUGUGUGAAUCUUACAGCAGAAAGUCAGUUCCAAGACGCCUUAAUCAACACCAUGGGAGUGUUUGCAAGUACUUUGCCCGACUAUCAGAAGGUUGAGAUUAUGAUGUUCACUGUCGGGAAUAUUCCAACCAUUCAACAUGAGGAUCGUCCAUUGAAAGCAUGUGAUGCAUACGUUCAACGAGUUUUGAUGAAGACGUUGUUGAAGGUAAUUAUAUUCGUCAUAUCGAUGGUUAAUUAUUUUAGAUUGCCACAAAAUAUCGAACGUUUUAUUUGUCGACGGUGUUCAGCGAUUCUUUCCUCCAAACUCUUCUUCAACUUUCUGUUACGCAGAAUCCAGAAGUCAGAGUAAUCUCCCAGAAGAUUCUUCACACAUUAUUCGAUAGGUAAGUGUUAAAUUUUGUCUUUUUUAUAUUACUUGUAGGCACGGUAAUCUUCCGAAACUGGAGCACCUCCAAUACGUCGAAGAUGUAUCCGAUCUUCAGUUAUCAAUCGAGAAAUGUGUCCGCCAAGAUCAGCUGUUCAUGAAUAAGAAUAUUCACUUAAUUUUAUCCGCGCUUUAUACGUAUGUCUGUUCCAAAUUUGAUAUUGUAAUAUAGUUUUUUCUUGCAGAUUCGCGAAGAUGGCUGAGUCAGGUGAGCAUCUUCAACGCCAUCUGGACGCUCUCUUGUGUACAAUGUGCUUGAUUUGUGUUGAGAUUGGUCAUGAUAUGGAGGUCAUCGAAUUGUAUCGUCUCUGUUUUGGUCUCCAACAUUUGGCAUUGGAUCCGGAAGAGCCGUUUUCGUUGAAGAAAAGAGCCGGCCUUCAUAACGUUGUCGCAAAAUAUAUGAAUCUAAGCUCGCAACUUUUGGCAAUUCCCAUGUUAUGCCAACAUGUUCAAGGGGUAUGUGAUCUAUUCAUUAUUAAGUUUUUUUAGGUAAUUCAAUUAAGAGCUCAGAAGGGUCACCAUUUACUUAACAUUCUUAAUGACAAAGCUCCAAUAUCUGACCCGCUGGACGUCGGAAGCUCAACUCCGAAGGCUCCAAUUGCUCAAAUGGAUUCGGAAGAUGAUUACACAGCCAGACCAUUGGGUCUAGAGACGGAUUCUAACUUUUUAUUCCAUGUUAAUGAUGUUGCUGAAGCUCUGAAGGCAAGUUACAGAUCGAACUUAGUUAUAUUGCAUAUUAUAUUUCUAAACUUUGUUGUUUUAGUCAUCAAACAAGAAUGUGGACAUGCUGUUUAACACUUUUGAAGUCAACAAAAAAGAGAGUGAAAAUCAGAGGGUCCAUAAGAAACGAGCUUCAGAAGAACAUGGAAGAGAUUCGGAGAGGAAUUUGGAGAGGACCAUGACCAUCGAUAACGAUGAUGAUGACCGGAGUUUGUCCCUUGAUAGUUUUGACUGGACCCCACCAGACACGGAUGACGAUCGGCCAGACAACCUUAGCUGGUGUCAAAGUAAGUUAUCUUUGGUCUUUUUUGUAGUGUCUAAUAUUAAUAUUGCAGAGACGUUAGAAGAUCAGGAUGAAGUAACGUUUGAACAGCUAAGAAGUAUUGUCAAUACAGAACCGGAUUGUUCCGAAGAAACCAAGAAAGAUCAAGAGAAAAGUCGAGAGAUCUUGUCCAUGUUCAGAAAUAAGAAUGCCCAAGAAUUGAGUGCGGUUCUCUAUAAACCCAAGGAGAGCGAUGACAACACCAAUGCCCUGAUCAAAGACCUCCUUAAAGAACAUGUGGAAUGGCUCAACUCUCACGAAUCUGCUCGAGCUAACCUCAUUCAGAGCAUCGAUGACAUUGAAUUCCCAAAAAGUUUCGUCAAUUAA